AAAAGGACAGCACUGUAUGUUGGAUGUUUCAUUCUUCAUCAGUUACAAAGCCAAGCAUCAUCAUGAAGCACGUAGCUAUCGUCGGUCUGCUUUUGGCAGUAGUUGGUGUCAGUUAUGCACUGAAUGCUCAUGAUCGAAUUCUCAAGGCUAACCAAGACGCAAGAGAAGAAGAGCUUGCUUUUGGUUUUAGCGAACAACCACCCUUGAUUGAAGGAGACAUUGUAGAUGAUGUAGCAACGAGGCAGCAGAUUGAUGCAGAAGCGUAUGGCAUUGCCAGCACCUUUGAUGCUAUUGCAGGACGAAGGAAAUGGGAGAAUGGCGUUGUACCUUAUGUUUAUGGAUCUGUUGGCAGCAAAGCCAUCAGCGCAAUUGAGGCUGCAUUCAGAGACUACCACGCAAAAACCUGUUUGAAGUUCGUCAAGAGGACUAACCAGAGGGAUUACAUUAUUUUCAAUGCCAAAGGAGGUUGCUACUCUCACAUCGGACGCCAAGGUGGUCAGCAAGAAGUUUCCAUUGGUAGAGGAUGCGAAUACAAGGCAACAACAAUUCAUGAGAUUAUGCAUGCUAUUGGAUUCUACCAUGAACAGUCAAGAAGAGACAGAGAUAACUACAUCACGGUCAACUUCAACAACAUUGUCAAGGGCAUGGAAUACAACUUUAACAAGUACAGACAAGGAGAAGCAAGCACUCUGGGAGAACCCUAUGACAAGAAGAGCGUCAUGCAUUAUGCCAAAUAUGCAUUCAGCAAACAAUGGGGCAAAUUACAAACUAUUGUUUCAAAAUCAAACCCCAGCGAGGAACUUGGAAACGAAGUUGGAUUCAGUAGCAUAGAUCUACGUCAAAUUAACAAGUACUACUCCUGCAACGGAGGUGGUGGUGGCGGGCCUAACCCUCCUGUUACACAAGCCCCUCAACCUGGAUCAUGCUCUGACAGGUCAGAGAACUGCAGAUGGAACCUUAGCAAGUGCAACUACAAGGGCUAUGGUCAAUACUGGUGUAGAAAGAGCUGUGGGUUCUGUUAAGAACAAAAAGUUCCACUUUGAUCUUACUUCUCAAUUUUUCGAGUAAAUCGAUAUAUUUUCAUGAUAUGAGAAUGCUUUAAA